AUGGAUAAUGAUUUUGCACUUGAUAAAAUCUUGCUUGACCUAAAAGACGAGAAUGUUAGUGAUACACUCGGUCGUUUCGCACAAACAAUUUACUUUACUCAGAAAGAAAAAAUUCCAAUAAUCUGCAAUAAGCUUGUUCCACGUUUGCCAGGCCGUAUUAAAUCAUUGAAUGCAUAUGCUCAUUUCAUUCACUUCCUUGCAUGCGGAUCUCAAAAGUAUCAAUAUAAGAGCGAAUUUGCCAGUGAACUCCUUGACAAGGUCUUUAUGAAACCAGUACUUUUAGAUUUUAUCUAUCAUAAAAUACCGAUAUUUGCAGUCUUACGAAUGUGUAUUGAACUUGGAACGUUUGAUAUCGAAGAUAUCAAAGUAAGGGUCCUCAAAAACUUCCAACUACGAUCACGAUACUCAUUAAUUAUGGCCUUAUUUUUUCUUCCUGAAAUCAGGGAUGCCCAAUGUCAGAAGUUUUUAGCAAAUUUCUUAACAGCCAACGUUCAAGGGACAUCUUUAAUAGGAAAUUCCUUAUUUCUAGAGCUUAACAUGGAUAAUUUAGUUGCCGAUGACUACGCAUUACUCAAAUCUUUUAUAAAAGCCGGAUGUCAACAUAAUGAGUUCGCCUUAUGCUGCAAGAAUGAUGAUAUGAACAGAUUGCAAGAUCUCUCAAUGAUGUCCAACUUUGAUUUGAACAUGCGUAUUUCCAAUAACUUCUUUGAACACUGUUUCUUUUGCCAUGCAAAUCCUCCUUUGAUUUCUUACGCUGCUGCAUACGGAUCAAUCAAAUGCUUUAAGUUCCUUUUGCUCAACAAUGCCGAUUUGAACAUCUGCGAUGAUGAUAACUUCUACCCGGAACAUUUCGCAAUUGUUGGAGGAAACGUUGAAAUCAUUCAUUUAAUCGAACAAAGAAGAUUUGAUGAAACAAACACUUUACAAAUUGCAUCACUUUUUUAUUAUGAUGCUGUUUUUGAGUGGCUUUUAAAUACACGAAAGAUUAAUGUAUUAUCAGCUGCAUCUACUUUAUAUUCAGUUGUUCACACAUGUGCUAUUGCAAACAAUUUCCACGCAAUGUCAUUAGUUCUUAGUCUUGGAGCAGAUAUAAAUGCAAGAGGGAAUGAUACAUUGACAGCUUUGAUGCUUGCAGCAUGUUUCGGAUCGUAUGAGACUGUAAAAAUAUUAGUAACAAACAGUAAAAUCAAUUUGUCGAUAUCAAACAGACAUAAACAAACAGCUCUUCAAAUUUGUUUAUGUCUGUUUGAGAGAUUCAAGGAUAAUUAA